CUCAUCUUGACACACCCCUCCAUGCCUCAAAUUCCUUUUCUCCCUCACAGGCCUAGGCUGCCACCAUUAAUCAUUCGUGCUCCUGUUUCCGCUGGCUAGUCGACUCUGCUUCAUAUGAGUGAGAGUACUAGCAAUACCUCCGGCCUCGUGCCACGACGAAGAGCUGGAGGUAAGAGAUCAGUCACAGGCUGUCGCACUUGUCGGUGAGUCUGCGUCAUGUAUUCCCCCACAUGGACUAUUCAACUCGACUUCUUAUAUACCACCAAUAGAGCCCGGCACAAGAACUGCGACGAAGCAUCUGGAGCGUGUAACAACUGCACAUCCACCGGUCGACGCUGCGAUGGAUAUGACCAGCAUCAUUUACCCCGAGCAAGCAAGACCAAUACGCCGAUUCAAACCAAAUUCAAGAUCGUGCCAGGCCUGGCCGGGGGAGUGCACCGGACGAUGAACCGAGAUGAACAACGGUGUUUCUCGUUCUUCCACCUUCGCACCAUACCCGCCAUGGUGGGCUUCUUCGACUUUGCCCUGUGGCAGCAAUUAAUCCUUCAAAUGGGUCACGAGGAACCCGCCGUCUAUCACGCCAUUGUUGCUCUGAGUGCGUUCCACCAGAACUCUGAGACAUCCCACGACCCUCGGCUGCGGGAUGUCACCUUGCUAUGCUGCUUGGUCUUUGUGCUCUUGGAAUGGCUGCGAGGUCAGUAUGACAAGGCUUUCGGGCAUCUUCAUAAUGGAAUCCAAAUUCUUAAAGAGCUUGGCGUGAUGGUGACAGAUGAGUCGCGUGCGCGUGCGCGUGCGCGUGCGCCCCCGGUAGAGCGAGACCUGAUCGUUGCGUUCGGCCACUUGGACAUUCAGUCUGCCCAGUUUGGGGAGACAAGUUCACUUAUAGAAGGCGAUGCCAUGCAGGCUAUCGCGACGUCGCAACUAGAUUGUACACGCACAUUCGGAACAUUUCUGCUGAGCGCGAAAGAGCAACGCGGUGCAGAUGUCAUUCACCUCCAUCAGACAACGGCAUCGUUGAAUCUCGAGACCUGUCUACUGGACAGCAAUGACCCCCUGCUGGACACUUAUACUCCUAGAUUCGAGCAUCUUCUGGCUUGUGUUGAGGAGGUCACCGACAAGCUUCCUGACCGACCUAGUGUUUGCAUGGACAUGGGCGUCAUUCCGCCGCUCUUCUUCAUAGCCACCGGAUGUCGGAGUUAUAGAGUUCGCGAACAGGCGAUUGAAGCGCUACGAUCCUGGCCGCAUCAUCAUGAAAGUGGAGUCUAUGACUAGUUCGGUGCCGCCGUGUGGGGAUACAGAGGAAUUUGCAAGCAAACCUGCAAAUGAUCCUCCGGGGCCGCGCGGGGUUUCUGUGACUAUUACUGAGGAUCAAGAUCAUGCGCGAUUGUCAUAUCAUGUGGGCAAUGAGCGGAAUGAACGGUGGUUUAAGCUUGACAGAGCGUGAGAUGUCCCUGUGUG